AGCAAGUCUUCUACAAAACAAUAAAAUUAAAAAGCAAGAAAUCAGAGAUAUAGAAAGCGUAGUAAUUUCCGUAAGACUUCACCAUGUCUCGCAUUAUUUCAAUUGGACGGAAAUCAAAGGUUUGUUCCUUUGAGAAAUGUCUGAUUGGACUCGUGGUGCUAACCUUGUGUUUCCUCUGCUUCGCCAUCAUUUUCCUACUGCCGGAAAACCGGGUUCUCUUGGUCUACAAGCACUUCCAGGAUGUGGAGACAGAGACCUUCUUUCCAGCUCCAUCUGGAGAGGGUCAAGUUGUCCAGGAUCCUUCCCAGAAAAUUGUGGAGACGAUUCCUGUCACAGACGAGGGUCAGGCUCAUGCAGCAGCACCGGUAGACCAGCAGGAUCAGGAACAGGAACGGAACACCAAUGACGAGGAUGAUCAGCAUGUGGGGACACCCGUUCAAGGCAGUGACGGCACCACCCAACAGUCGCAUCUUCCUCUCGGAGGCUGUGGCAAUGAUCAGGCACCAGAUUCCCUGAAUCCCACCCUUCAGCAGCGUCGGCAAAAGGUCAAAGAGAUGAUGCUGCAUGCGUGGCACAACUACAAACGGUACGCUUGGGGCAAGAACGAGCUGCGUCCCCUAUCGCGGCGUCCCCAUUGGGACAGCGUCUUUGGUUUCCAUGAUCUAGGUGCCACGAUAAUAGAUGGUCUGGACACCCUGUACAUUAUGGGACUGGAGAAGGAGUAUCGCGAGGGUCGUGACUGGAUUGAACGGGAAUUUCCGCUGGACAACAUUGAUGUGAAGCUAAAUGUCUUCGAGACAAACAUUCGCUUUGUUGGCGGUAUGUUGACAAUGUACGCCUUCACCGGGGAUCCACUGUACAAGGAGCGUGCUCAGCAAAUUGCGGACAAACUGUUGCCUGCCUUCAAAACUCACACGGGGAUUCCCUAUGCACUGGUUUACUCACAGACCGGUAUGGUCAGGAAUCACGAAUGGACAUUUGAUGGCACUUCGAUCCUUUCCGAAUUUGGUACCUUGCAUCUAGAGUUCACCUAUUUGAGUGACAUAACUGGGAAUCCGGUGUAUCGGGAAAGGGUUCAAACCAUUCGUCAGCUGCUUAAGAAGAUUAGGAAACCGAAUGGCCUGUAUCCAAAUUAUCUUAAUCCAAAUACGGGUAAAUGGGGACAGUAUCACAUAUCCCUGGGAGGACUAGGUGACAGUUAUUACGAGUAUUUACUAAAGUCCUGGCUACAAUCGGGACAAACUGAUGAGGAGGCACGCGAGAUGUACGACGAGGCAAUGGUGCCGAUUCUGGAGAAGAUGGUGUACACCAGCCGCAGUGGCCUGAUCUAUGUCUCUGAUCUCCAAAAUAAUUGGCUGGAGCACAAAAUGGAUCAUUUGGCCUGCUUCUCGGGCGGCAUGUUUGCCUUGGGAGCGGUCACAAGGCUAAAUGAUUAUACGGACAGGUACAUGGAGGUUGCAAAGGGUAUAACAAACACCUGUCACGAGAGUUAUAUACGAGCACCAACCCAAUUGGGACCAGAGGUCUUUCGAUUCAACGAAGGUGUGGAGGCUCGAGCCUUGCGAUCGGAGGAGAAGUAUUAUAUCCUGCGACCGGAGACCUUUGAGAGCUAUUUUGUUCUAUGGCGUUUGACUCAUGAUCAGAAAUAUCGCGAUUGGGGCUGGGACGGAGUCCUGGCCCUGGAGAAGCAUUGCCGCACGGCACAUGGAUACAGUGGUCUGCGGAAUGUCUAUCAAAAGAAACCGCAGAAGGACGAUGUUCAGCAAAGUUUCUUCCUGGCGGAAACACUAAAGUACUUGUACUUGUUGUUCUCGGAUGACUCGUUGUUGCCGUUGGACAAAUGGGUAUUCAAUACGGAGGCUCAUCCACUGCCAAUCAAGGGGAAGAAUGUGUUCUACAGGCAGGCGUCAGUAGGGGUUACAGCCUCUAAGGACUAGGAAGUGGGUCUAUCCAUAGACCUGCCUCUUACUUUGCUCGAAAUAUUAAAAUAUUUAAUG